UGGGGUUUGUCUAUGGUAGGGAGACUGAGUCCCAGAAAUUGCGCUCAGCUAGGGUCUAGGAUUACUAGACAGGACUGCAGAAUCCCGCGGUUGGUGAAGGGAGCUUCGGCUCAGCGGAGUGUGACCCGCAGGUCGUCCGGGGUCCCCAGGCAAGGCCGGCGUCGCGAUGGGCUCCACGGCGGCCCCCGACGGCGCCCUGGCGUACGUCCGCGAGUUCACGCGCCACUCCUCCGACGUGCUCGGCAACCUGAACGAGCUGCGCCUGCGCGGGAUCCUCACUGACGUCACGCUGCUGGUUGGCGGGCAAGCCCUUCGCGCGCACAAGGCGGUUCUCAUCGCCUGCAGUGGUUUCUUCUAUUCGGUUUUCCGGGGCCGAGCAGGAGUAGGCGUGGACGUGCUCUCCCUGCCCGGAGGGCCCGAAGCCAGAGGCUUUGCUCCACUUCUGGAUUUCAUGUACACUUCGCGCCUGCGCCUCUCUCCCGCCACUGCGCCAGCCAUCCUUGCGGCUGCCACCUACUUGCAGAUGGAACAUGUGGUUCAGGCAUGCCACCGCUUCAUCCAGGCCAGCUAUGAGCAUCUAGGCAUCUCCUUGCGAUCCCUGGAGGCAGAACCCCCCACGCCGCCAACGGCCCCUCCACCAGAUAGUCCUAGGCGCUCAGAAGGACACCCAGACCCACCUACUGAAUCCCGAAGCUGCAAUCAAGGUCUCCUAAGUCCGGCCAGUCCAGACCCAAAGGCUUGCAACUGGAAAAAAUAUAAGUUCAUCGUGCUAAACUCUCAGGCCUCCCAAGCCGGGAAUCUAAUGGGGGAGAGGAAUUCUGGUCAACCUUGUCCUCAAGCCAGGCCUCCCAGUGGAGACGAGGCUUCCAGCAACAGCAGCAGCAGCGAAGAAGGACCCAUUCCCGGUCCCCAAAGCAGACUUUCUCCAGUUGCUGCUAAUGGACAGUUCAAGUGCAGAACUCCAGCUGGGAGCCACUAUCUCCUCACACCCCAGGCUCAGGAGGCUGCUGGUUCAUCCUCUGAGCGGGCUCACCCACCACCAGGAAGUGAGUUUUUCAGCUGCCAGAACUGUGAGGCUGUGGCUGGGUGCUCAUCAGGGGUGGACCCCUGUGCUCCUGGGGAAGAGGACAAGCCUUAUAAAUGUCAGCUCUGUCGGUCGGCCUUUCGCUACAAGGGCAACCUGGCCAGUCACCGCACAGUGCACACAGGGGAAAAGCCCUACCAUUGCUCCAUCUGUGGAGCCCGAUUUAAUCGGCCAGCCAACCUGAAAACGCACAGCCGCAUCCAUUCUGGAGAAAAACCCUACAAGUGUGAGACUUGCGGUUCCCGAUUUGUACAGGUGGCCCAUCUGCGUGCACAUGUGCUGAUCCACACUGGCGAGAAGCCCUAUCCUUGCCCCACCUGUGGAACCCGCUUCCGCCACUUACAGACCCUCAAGAGUCACGUUCGCAUCCACACGGGAGAGAAGCCUUACCAUUGCGAUCCCUGUGGCCUGCAUUUCCGGCACAAGAGUCAGCUUCGACUGCAUCUGCGCCAGAAACACGGAGCUGCUACCAACACCAAGGUCCACUACCAUAUCCUGGGCGGGCCCUAGCUGAGUGCUGGCCCUGGCCCCGCUUGCUCCCUGGAGGAUGGGAAAGCUGAAGCUCUGGCCUGGCUUCCCUGUCAGCCUAGCUAUGGGGCUGUGCUAGGCAACUCCGAUGUUAGAAACUGCGGCCACCUUAAUUUCUUGCUGGGGAGAGCAGGGGUGGCAGAUCCUGGCUAGAUCUGCCUCUGUUUUGCUGGUCAAAACCUCUUCCCCACAAUCCAGAUUGUCCAGCUAGAAGCUGGAGAAAGGGAGAAAAUGGAGGCCUUGUUUGCUUAAGGAAACAUCUCUACCUACAGCCCCCAUCUCACCUGAUUUACCUGUAAAUAUAAUUUAUUGAGGCCUUGGGUGGCCCCAAGGCCUUCACUCUGUUGCAUUCCUACUUCCUUCUUCUACAAGUGCAAUCAAAAGUGACCUGACACAGGGCAGGUGAGGUCACAGCUCUGCUGGCAGAGAUCAUUAGCACUUGGCUCUCUCCUUUGGCUUGAAUGUUUUUAUAUUGGAUUGUCAGAACUUUUAUCUUUAGAAUUGUUCUUUGUGCACUUGGUUGAAGUGGAGAAAGGGGUUCUCUGUGUUCUCCCCUCCAGCUCUAGGUCUGGAACCUAUGUUUGUUCUUGGGCAAGCCCUGGGAACUUGUGGAAUUAGGGCAGGAACCCUCUCUGGUAUUCUCUAGCAGGCUAGAAGUGAAUAUAGAGGGUGGAGGCGAACCUGUUAGAACUUUGAACGACGUGGAAGCCCACUGUGGCAUGCGUGCUGUGGGCUCCCCACCACCGACACAGGCUUUUCUUUGUUCUCCACGGACUAUAGGAACCUUUAUUGUGAGCCUGAACUGGGGUAGUGAAUGGCUCCUCCAGGAUGAGGGUAUGGACAGGAGAUUCUGAAUUUCUUGUUUUGAUUUGUUUUUUAAAAACACAGUCUUGUUCUGUAAUCUAGGCUGGUCUUGCAUGCAUUAUGUAGCCCAGACUGUCUUGGAACUCAAGAUCCUCUUGCUUCAGCCUCCAGAAGUGGAGGCUGGUAGUUUUUCCCACAAGACAGUUCAGAGCUGAAACUGUCCCAUGAGACUGGUCCCCUGGGUUAGGCUGCAGCAUAUGCACCUGUCACCUAAGUGUCUGAAUCAAACCCUUAUUUCUUGCACUGUGUCCUAUUCAUAGCACUGAGUUGAGUCCUCCAUGGAGAGGUCUGAAAUCCCUUAUCAGAGAUGAUGUGGCUUCUCUGGUUACACCUAGUUUAUAGGAAUAUUGUGGCCUGGGGAGAAUUAUGAAACUGUACUUUGACUAAAGAGUCAUGGCCAAUGGAUUACUUGAGAGGCAUCUGGGAUGGAGUAUUCCUUGGUGUUCUCUCCAUCUGUGUACGCCCCCUCCUUGUUUUUGAACUUCUUCUGGCAAGUGUCCAGGUUCCAGAAACAACUUCCUUGCCUCUGAAAGCCACAGGUGCUUGGUAACUUUCUCACCCUAGAAAAUCUGGGGCUAUCACUGCCCCAGAUUUCCUAUCACUGCCUUUCUGUCUGGAACCAGUGGGUGCACUAGAACCUUCCACAAGGGGAAAAAGGGGGCUGAGUUCCAUUUUGGGUUUGUUUUGAAUUAGGAUUUGGGUUAUUGUUGGGAUUACAGAUUUAAGAGGCUUAAAAAACUGGUUCGUGGGCCAAAGACCUCUUCUGGUUGACCAAGGGGCCAGGUAGGAUUAAGAGGUUGGUUGAGGGCUGCAGUUCCUGGUAUAGAUCAGGUAGGCUGGAGGUUAAGAAUGGUGUUGCCUCUUGGCUAAAAUGCAGUGUCUGGGAUGUUAGACAGUACUCUGAAGAUGUGAAGAUAGGCCCUUGUCCUGGGGCCUAUUAGAUGGUAGGACAUAGGUGGAGGGGAAGAAGGGCUUUUGAAUUUGUGCAGUGGAAUUCCUCAAGAUAAGUCAGUACCGGUGGAUGUCACUUGGGGACUGGCGAGAAAGCUACUCUGUUUUGCAUUUUAAUCCACAUCACCCCAUUGCAGAGGUGAAGAAAAAAGACGGGAAAGCAGAAGAGAAAUGUAAGAAGGAAUCAUGAUUUCUAUUUAGCAGACUGGAUAGGCAGGUGCAAAGUGCCCGGGGUUGGAGUGUUAGAUCUUGGAAGAUCAGAUCCUUGGAAUAAAGAAACCGCUCUGUGCUA